AUGUCUGCUACCGGAGACGAUCUGAAAGGCGACAUCCACAUGCUCGCAACCAUCAAAUACAAACCUGGUACGCUCUCCACCGUGCUGCCUUUUGUCAAAGCGAUCCAAGACGAAGCUGCCGGAGAUCCGAACUGCCUGCGCUACGAGAUCUUGGUGUAUGAGCCGACGGAUUCGUUAGUUGUCGUGGAGAGCUAUAAGAGCAAAGCAGCUAUUGAUGCGUACGUCCUGCCUUAUAUCGUUUGCGAGACGCCGACACAGGACGUACAGACAUAUCGCCGGUCCAGCGCACACAAAGUACUGGGAGGAAUGUGA